AUGGGGGCAUUACCGUGGCUAUUUCAAUUCCUUCUCUGUUUCUUGCAAUAUCAAGUUGCUGCUUCUUCAUCAUCAGCUCUUGCUUCUUUUGCUUCUUCUGCACACCCCUUGUGUUGUCGUGACCAGAGGUCUGCACUGCUGCAAUUUAAGCGUAUGUUUACUAUAAACAUCAGUGCUUCUUCCGAAUGUGAUGAUCAUUAUCGUUCUGGUAUUCCUUCAUUUCCAAAGACCCUGUCUUGGGAUGAGAACGCAACUGAUUGUUGCGAUUGGGAUGGGGUCAUGUGCGAUGGGUUGACAGGUCACGUGGUUGGGCUUGAUCUAAGUUGUAGCCAGCUCCAUGGCAAAAUCCAUCCAAAUAGCAGCCUUUCCAAACUCUCUCACCUGCAACGGCUUAAUCUGGCUUACAAUGACUUCAACAGCUCUCGCAUUUCAUAUGCAUUUGGCAGCUUUGCAAGUUUGACACAUCUAAAUCUAUCCAAUUCUGCUUUAUCAGGUACAAUCCCAUCUGAAAUCUGCCACAUGUCCAAACUGGUUUCACUUGAUCUUUCACUUUAUCGUUACCUUGGUGAUUAUUCUAGACUGAGACUUGAACACCUCCAUUUCAAAGUUCUUCUGAAAAACCUGACACAGUUACAAGAACUCGCCCUUCAUGGAGUAAAUAUAUCUUCUAGUUUACCCGAUUCAAUUGGCUAUCUCAAGUCUUUGAAAUUCUUGGAUCUCACCUCGACGACUUUAUCUGGAAAACUACCUUACUCAAUUGGUUAUCUCAAGGCUUUGAAUUACUUGUCUGUCGGAGAUUGCGAAUUACGAGGUUCUAUUCCUAAGUCUCUAGGGAACCUUACGCAGAUCCGUGUACUAGCUUUAGCGGAAAAUGGUUUUACCGGUGAAGUCCCAUCUACUCUCUCAAAUCUCAAGCAACUCACUCUGUUAGAUCUUUCUGCCAACAACUUCCAAGGUAGCAUUCCCGUUCUUGCUGAGCUCACAAAAAUGGAGGAUUUAGCUCUAGAGGAUAACAAUUUCAUUGGUGGGUUUCCACUCUGGGUUGCAAACUUGAAAGCACUUGUUUUUUUAAGCAUGUAUAGAAAUCAGCUCGCAAGUCCCAUCCCCUUCAAUUUAAGUGGUCUUCAAAACCUACAAUAUUUCUACUUAUCGAGUAACUCUCUCAGUGGGGUAUUACCUCCAUCUUUGUUUUCUCUUCCAUCAUUGCAAUAUUUAGACUUGAGUUCCAAUAAAUUAACUGGUCAGAUUCCUGAAUUCCAGCAUCAUUUACCAUUUUACAGCAUCGACUUGAGUGACAAUAAACUUCGUGGUCCCAUUCCGCAGUCAAUUUUGACUCUUCCAAAUUUGGACAUGCUCUAUCUUGCAUCAAAUGAUCUGAGUGGUGUUGUGGAUCUGCAAGUACUCAACAAUCUUGAGGAACUUUCUAUUUCCAACACUAAUCUUUCGAUGGUCGCUGGAAGCAAUGUCAAUAAUACCCUUCCCAACCUUAGGUAUUUCUAUUUGUCCUCUUGCAACAUGGAGCAACUACCUUGGGAGAAACUAGAUACUCUUGAUCUGCGUUCCAAUUUGCUUCAAGGACCACUUCCCAUUCCACCCCCGCUCGUACGAUACUUUUUCAUCUCAAACAACAGACUUAGUGGAGAGAUUCCAUCAUUGAUUUGCAAUGCGAGUUCCCUUGAGAUUCUUGAUUUGUCUCACAACAAAUUGAGCAGUGCGGUUCCACAAUGUUUGGGAAAUUUUAGUAGUGUUCUCUCGGUUUUGAAUCUGCGCUCCAAUGGAUUUACAGGAACCCUUCCUUUGGCAUUUGCGAAGCCCAGCCAAUUACAAAGUCUUGAUUUGAGUGGAAACAAAUUUGAAGGACCACUGCCAAGAUCUUUGGCAUAUUGUACAAGUUUGGAAGUUCUAAACGUCGGAAACAACAAGAUUAACGACACAUUUCCAUAUUGGUUAGAGACUCUUACUGAGUUGCAGGUUCUUGUCAUUCGAUCCAACCGAUUUCAUGGUCCCAUAAACACUGUGACAAGUAAAUUUUCCUUUCCUAGGCUUCGAAUUAUUGACCUCUCCUACAAUGGGUUCACCGGCUAUUUGCCUAGGAGGUAUUUCGAAUAUUUCCAAGCAAUGAAGAACAGUACCAUGCCUAACAUACAAUACACGAGUGAUAGGGCUGGUUAUUAUCACGAUUCUGUGAUAUUGACAAUGAAGGGGAAUGAGAUUGAAUUGGUGCGAAUAUUGACUAUCUUCACAACAAUCGACCUUUCAUCCAACAACUUCAGUGGAGAAAUUCCAAGUGCCAUUGGAAAGCUCAAUGCCCUCACACUGCUUAAUUUUUCUCAUAACAGUCUUACGGGCCAUAUUCCAGAAUCUUUGGGAGACUUGACAAGCCUUGAAUCGUUAGACAUCUCUUCUAACCGCCUCACCAGGAGAAUUCCAAGCCAAUUAACAACUUUGACAUUUCUCGCGGUCUUGAACCUUUCGUGGAACUGUCUCCAUGGACCCAUACCCAAUGGUCGACAAUUUAAUACAUUUGAGAAUGGUUCAUAUGCUAGGAACUUAGGAUUAUGUGGGUUUCCAUUGUCGAAGGAAUGUGAAGAUAAUCGAACAAAAGUACCGCCACCGGUGUUACAACAUGAGGAAGAUGAUUCAGAUUUUGAUGGAUUUACUUGGAAAAUUGUGGUGAUAGGGUACAGGUGUGGAAUGACAUUGGGACUCUUUCCAGGAUCUCUCAUGUUCUUAAUUGGUAGACCUAGAUUUUUUGUCAAACUUGCAGAAAGAAAAUUGCCUAAGAAGGCACAAGCUAGGAUGGAAGCUCUGUCGCUAUAUGAGAUAUCUUUUGGAAUAUAG